AUGGCUAUGGCUACAACAGAUAACGGAUAUGAAUGGAAGAAAAAAUUGCCACAAGGCGUCAGAUUCAAGCCGACGGAUGAAGAACUGAAUUCAUAUCUGAGAAUUAUCAAUGAGCUUGAUAUUUAUAAGUAUGACCCUAAAGAGCUAUCUGGGUUUGCUAUUAAACAUAGCGAAGGACGUAUGUACUUCUUUACUCCAUUAACAAAUAAGUAUGAAAAUGGAAAGAAAAUCCAGAGAAAGAUAUAUUCUGAUGAAGGGUUUUGGAAAGCCUCACAAGCACGUAGUGAUCAUAGGGAGAAGAAUGGAGCUAUCAUUGGAACAAAAACUAACCUUGUUUACUAUGAAUAUAAAGGUCAAAAGAAAUCCAAAGGCACAAAAACUUCUUGGCUUAUGCAGGAGUUUAGAUUACCAGAAAAUCAUCAUCCUCGUCCACUAUUCAAUGGGACAAUGAAUGAGCUAAUAAUUUGUGUGAUCUACGAUAAUGGCAGAGUGAAGGAUGAUGACCAAGUAGUUAUAUUGACACAAUGCAAUCCACAAAAUGCAAUAGGGAUUAAGGUUUCCGUGAAUAUAUGA